GGAUACUGUGAUGAGGUGUCGGAACAAUCAUUUGGGGUACACCGCGAAGCACUAGAUCUUCGGGCGUGGCCGUGAACCCAAAGCAAAAACCAUUCUCUCUCUCUCUCUCUCAAACACCCCGUACUUCUGGAGGAACGAAACUCCAUAACCAUCGAAGAAGCAUACUCUCACUCACUUCACUUCACUACACUCUCCUCCGUUUUCCAAUUUCCAUGGAUCUCUGCUGAGUGCUGAUUCUGUAGAACCUCCUUUCCGCAGAUCCAUGGCAAACUUCCUCGCUCAGUUCCAAUCCAUCAAGAGUACCUCCGAUCGCCUCGUCAUUUCAGUCGAGGAUGUGAGUGACUUGUGGCCGGCUGUCAAGCCUGCUUUUGAAGCACGGUUGCCGUUCAAGCAAGGGUCUUUGAAUAACAAGACACGGAACCCUGUCUUAGUCGAGAAGUUGCCAGCUGAGUUCAUAUUAACUACAGAUUCAAGGCUACGGAGCCGCUUCCCUCAGGAGCAGCUGUUAUUUUGGUUUCGAGAGCCGUAUGCAACUAUUGUACUUGUUACCUGUGAGGAUCUUGAUGAGUUCAAAACGAUCCUCAAACCACGUCUGAAAUUAAUUGUCCAAAAUGAUGAGAGAGAAUGGUUUAUUGUAUUUGUAUCUAGAGCUCAUCCAGCAAAUGAUAAGGCAAGCGCAAUGGCAAAAAAAGUAUAUGCCAAACUUGAAGUUGAGUUUAACACCAAAAAAAGAGAAAGAUGCUGCAAGUAUGAUAUACAUUUGCCUGAAUCAAAUUUUUGGGAAGAUCUAGAAUCAAAGAUAAUGGAGUGCAUCAGAAAUACACUGGAUAAGCGUGUACAAUUUUAUGAGGAAGAGAUAAGAAAGCUCAGCGAACAGCGGCUCAUGCCAGUCUGGAACUUCUGUAAUUUUUUCAUUCUGAAGGAAAGCUUGGCGUUUAUGUUUGAAAUGGCACACCUCCAUGAUGAUGCCUUACGGGAGUAUGAUGAACUUGAACUCUGCUAUAUUGAAACAGUUAACAACACUGGAAAGCAAAGAGACUUUGGAGGGGCAGACCAUGGUGACGAUCAAGCAGCAUUGCUUAAUCCAGGAAACAAAGCUUUGACGCAGAUUGUCCAAGAUGACUCAUUCAGGGAGUUUGAAUUUCGACAGUAUCUAUUUGCCUGUCAAUCAAAGCUCUUAUUCAAGCUAAAUCGUCUAUUUGAGGUUGCAUCAAGAGGUUAUUCGUUCAUAAUAAGCUUCUCAAAAUCUUUGGCACUGCAUGAGCGUAUUCUGCCCUUUUGCAUGCGUGAAACCUGGGUGGUAACUGCUUGCUUGGCUUUAAUUGACGCAAUACUUUCUAAUUAUAAUGAUGGACUUAUGGCACCUGACAUAGAGAAAAGGUUCUUUCAUCUUCUAGGUGACCUAUAUUCGCUAGCAAGAGUGAAGUUCAUGAGGCUUGCCUAUUUAAUUGGAUAUGGAACUGAAAUUGAAAGAAGUCCUGUCAACAGUGCUGCUCUCAGCUUGCUAUCUUGGCCUAAGCCAGCAGUUUGGCCUUCAGUUCCUGCAGAUGCCUCAGCAGAGGUGCUUGAGAAAGAAAAGGUGAUUCUUCAAACUACGUCUAGAACCAAGCCUUUUGGUAUCCAGAGGAAGCCCCUGCCUCUUGAACCUACUGUGCUGCUGCGAGAGGCCAACAGGCGGAGGGCUUCACUUUCAGCUGGAAAUGCAUUUGAAACAUUUGAUGGUCGCCAGGGUAUAACCGAAGGAUCAGGUUUUGAUGCAUCCACAAGGAUGUCGCCAUCACAGAAAGUACCUCCAAGUUCCAUACCGCGCACUAAUUCUUCACCUGGAAACUUUGAUGGCUCAAUUGACCGGCCUAUGAGGCUUGCUGAGAUUUUUGUUGCUGCUGAGCAUGCUUUGAAGAAAACAAUUUCCAGCCAAGAACUGUUGAAAUCAUUAUCAUCAUCUGAGGAAUUUGAGCAAAAAUAUUUGGAGCUAACUAAAGGUGCUGCUGACAAUUAUCAUCGUUCCUUGUGGAAAAGACAUGGAGUUGUCCUUGAUGGUGAGAUAGCAGCUGUCUCCUUUAAGCAUGGGCAUUUUGAUCAAGCUGCAAAGUCAUAUGAGAAGGUUUGUGCACUUUAUUCCGGUGAAGGAUGGCAGGACUUGUUGGCUGAGGUCCUCCCUAAUUUAGCCGAGUGUCAGAAGAUACUCAAUGAUCAAGCUGGUUACUUACUAUCUUGUGUGAGGUUACUCUCUCUUGAUGAAGGAUUGUUUGAACGAGAUGUAUCAUCAUUAAUAACAUUUUCUGGAAAUCCUGGACCACCGUUGGAGUUAUGUGAUAGGGAUCCUGGUACCCUUUCUGUUACUGUUUGGAGUGGUUUUCCAGAUGAUAUAACUCUUGAUUCAAUUAAUCUUACGUUAGUGCCAACAUCUAGUGUUGAUGAAGGUGCAAAGGCAUUGCAGAGUUCUACACCUAAUGUGUUACAUCCUGGUCGGAAUACUAUUACCUUGGAUCUGCCACCCCAGAAACCAGGAUCUUAUGUUCUUGGAGUUCUUACUGGGCAGAUUGGGCAGUUGAGGUUUAGAUCUCAUAGUUUUUCAAAAAUAGGUCCUGCAGAUACUGAUGAUUUCAUGAGUUACGAAAAGCCGGCUAAACCUAUUUUGAAGGUGUUAAGGCCUAGAGCUCUGGUUGAUCUUGAUGCUGCUGUUUCCUCGCCUUUGUUAACAAAUGAACGUCAGUGGAUUGGUAUUUUAGUUCGACCGAUAAAUUAUUCCCUCAAAGGUGCUGUCUUGUAUAUUGAUACUGGCCCAGGGUUGGAGAUUGAUGACUCGCAUGUCAUUGAGAUGGAAACCUAUGCUGGUGUAUCAGAGAAUGAUGACAACAAGGUGCAGAAAGACGGUGCUCAGAUAGACUCUUUAAAUUAUGAGAAGAAGGUUGAACGCUUGACUCUUCAUAAUGGAAAAAUUGAGUUUCCAAAUUGGGCAAGUGAGAGCCAUGAGUGACAUGCUCAGCAGAGGAUCAUCAUCAGUUACAACUAGGAGAGAGAGCAUUGUAGAUGCCAUGAGAACAAUUGCUCUGAACCUUGAAUUUGGAGUAUACCACAAUCAGAUAUUCGAAAGGACCCUGGCAGUUCAUUUUACAUAUCCUUUCUAUGUGACGACACGUGUAACCGAUAAAUGCAAUGAUGGUACAUUGCUUUUGCAGGUUAUACUUCACUCUGAAGUAAAGGCUACACUGACCAUAUAUGAUGCUUGGCUUGAUCUUCAACAUGGAUUUAUUCAUAAUGGUCAAACUGAGGGUAGACCUAGUUCAAGCCUCUUCCCACUAGUCAUAUCUCCUACUUCCAAAGCAGGAAUUUUGUUUAGUAUCUGCCUUGGCAAGACAAAUGGAGAAGAAGACAGAAAGCAGCAAGAAAGCAUAUUAAAUAUCAAAUAUGGAAUUUCUGGUGAUAGAACAAUUGGAGCCCACCCUCCUGUCAUGGAUGAAUCUACUAAAGUUGAUGGUGCCAGACAGGAGUUGAUCUUCAAGAAUGCAAUUACUUUGCAAAGGCCUGUGCUUGAUCCAUGCUUAGCUGUUGGUUUUCUUCCUCUCCCUUCAGAUGGUCUAAGAGUUGGGCAACUAGUUAAGAUGCAAUGGAGGGUGGAAAGGUUAAAGGAUUUGGAUGAGAAAGAAGUUCCUGAACAGAAUGAUGAGGUUCUAUACGAGGUAAAAGCGAAUUCUGGAAAUUGGAUGAUAGCUGGGAGGAAACGAGGGCAUGUGUCGCUCUCCCCAAAACAAGGUGCAAGGAUAAUUAUCUCAGUAUUAUGCAUGCCACUGGUAGCUGGCUAUGUUCGCCCGCCUCACCUUGGGCUACCAGACGUUGAUGAAGCGAAUGUAAGCUGCAAACCUGCUGGGCCGCAUCUGGUUUGCGUUUUGCCCCCAGCUCUGAGCUCAUCCUUCUGCAUUCCAGUCAAUUCAUGAGCUCACCGGUCAGCGCUAUUGUUCCACAGAAGUUUUAUCUAGUUCGUGUUAUCUUAGUGAAAUUUGAGAAAACUUUACAUAGUUUCAUUAGUUUGUGCCAAGUAGGAAAGUGUAACAUUUUUUCCCUAUGAUGUUUCAUUGCAUGAGAAAUCUUCAUAGUUAUAUUUGUGUUUUCUGAUGGUGUUCCAGAUUAUUAGUCACAAUCCCGGCGCUUGUACAGUGGAAUUUUGUAUAAUAUAGAUAUUUGGAUCAAAAACAUUCUUUUUGUCUCAUAA